AUGGGAAAUCCUAGCAAGGAGAAGGAGGAGGUAAACCACGGCCAGCAAGAUGGCGAUGCUCCACCGCCCUACCAAGAGCCGGCCCACGACGCACCACCAGGUUUCGAAGAGUCAAUUGCAGCUGCGAGGGCCUCUUACAAACGCGACCCAAUCACCGUAAAGUUCCCUGCCAGAUUCACCUGCUUCUAUCACUGGAACUCAUUCACAUUCCACCUCGGCACGUCCAAGAAGGAUCUCCUCUUCGCCGUCUCCCCCGCGAGGCUUUGGGGCCAGAAGGAGACCUUGCUGCGCGCCGGCCCCGAGAAGUCGGACCCGCCGCUGGCCACCGCCGGCACGCUCAAGGGGAGCAAGCAGACCUCGUCUUUGAUAAAGGUACACCCUCAUUCGGGGGGUGACCACAAGGAGGAACUAGAGGUGACCAUGACGGGCGACUAUGAGAGCACCCAUCGAUUUUCCGUCCCUGUGGGCGAGAAGAAACAGCUCGAGUUCUUCGAAUGGCGCAACAGCAGGGGGGCCGAAGUUCGAGAGGUCGCCGAGAAGAAGACAACCGGGUACAAGCUCGUUCGCUUGUCCGACCCGGACGUCGAGCGAGGUGGCAGCCGUCAGGAACGCGACGCGGGAUUCACGAGCGACGGUCGUAGAGUUGUGGCUGUCGCGUUUCACGCGGCCAGCUGGAUGGCUGGUCCGCAGUUUGCCUUUCUCUCGGACACGCUGGGUGAGACGUUUGAGAUUGUCGCCGUCAUGUCGUUUCUGCGGAUAUAUGAGUUGGCAUCACAGCAGGCGGCUACGGCCGGGGCAGUUGCGGCUGCCUGA